AUGUCUGUUGCAGCAGAGGCAGAUGUUAAAGUAAAGGCUAACAGUAAAGAACCGUGUGGAAUUGAUAGUGCGUUAGUAAGUAAAUAUUAAUUAUCUGAUAUCUUUAUGGAUACUUUUCAAGUAAAUAAUAUAUAAAGUACCUACUUACGAUAUUCAUUGUUUUUGACAAUUGAUUUAACUAGAUGUGGAUACAUAAGUUCCUCUAAAAAUGUCAAGAGUCCUCUCCCCAAACUUGUUCUGUUAUAUUUUUACAUUCAUAAGUUGAGUAUUUCUGGACACAAUAUAAAUUCAUAUAUAUUUAUAGGUACCAAAGUAUUUAGGAUGAGUAAUUAUUGCGUAAUUUAUAUUGUCUUCUUCUCCUUCGCCAUCAUCACAACUAUUUGGAGUCUGUGACCCUUGUGCUAAACUGUCGCUCUUCAUCUUUAUAAUAUCAUUCUCAAUCGCUUCCAACCACCUUGUGUUUGGUCUUUCUUUCCCUUUCUUUCUUCCUACGUUUCUUUUUAUUACAACAAUUCUCACUGUUUAUGAUUCGUCUUAUAACACGCCCAAACCAUAUCAAUCUAUUUUUUCUCAUUUUAACCAUUAUCGAGGCCACAACUAAACUACCUCUUAAUUAUUAGUAUUCAUUUCUUAUCUUUUCUUCCUUCAUCACUCCAUUCAUCAACCUAAGUAUUCUCAUCUGUGUUAAACUCAUUCUCUGUUUAAUAUUUCUGUCUACAGUCCAAUACUCCAACCCAUACAGAAUAUAAGGAUGUGUAAGGAUGAAUCGUUAGAUAUAAAUAUCAAUUGGUUAAUUUAAAUUCUAAAAUUUAGAAAUUUAUUUAAAUUCUCGGAUAUUAAAUAAAUUAUGAAUUUGCGAGCUGGUGCUCGUAGUGUAACGAUUUGUUCACCAACGUAAUAAUAAUUUGUUUUAACAAUGAGCACUGAUUGGUUAAAAUUCACGGUCAAGCACGAAAAACACGAAACGCAGACAAUUCAUACAGUUGGCUAAAAAGGACACUUCGUACUAUUAUGUACAUAACAGUAUAUAUAUAUUAUAUUUACAUAUUUUAUACAUAUAAACAUGCUUACCAAGUACAAAUUAUAUAGUGUACAGAGUUUUACACGAAUUAUUAUCGAUACUAGUUUUAUAAAUGUAUACAAUAUUAUCCUAUGGAAAUCAACCAAUAUUAAAUAAAAUGAAAUAUAAGUAUUAUCGUUGACACUUAAAAACUAUUCAUUUUUUUUUUUUUUGUAAAUUUUUAGCUUGUUGGAUAUUAUUUGAACAAUUUACUUUUAUUUUAAUUUUUAAUAUGGCUUAAAUAUAUUAACUUUUAUAAACGUUAUUGUUAAAUAUUUGUUUAUAAUUUGUAUAUGUAAUAAUAACAAUAGUACUAAUAAUAAUAAUACAAAUAAUAGUACAAAGUGUCCGCGUUUUAAUACUUUUAAAUUUGAUAUUGGUUUAUGUAAUCACCACAAAUAAUAUUGAUGUAUAUUGUAUACAAUGUAUUCAACUAGGUAUAUGUAUUAUUUAUACAUAUACAGGGUGUCCAGGGUGUCCUAUAUUGGUCUGUCUCUUAAAAUAACUUUUGUUUUAUACAAUAUUUUUUAUAUAUUUGUUUUUAAAUAAUUAGUAUGCGUCUGCCAAACAGUUUAUACAUGGAUAUUUUUUUUAGAGGGGAGAGAGAUUUAAAAUACAAAAUUUAAAAUUUUAAUAUAUUUUUUUUAAAAAAAAUUCAAAAUAGCCAUUUUGUAAAAUAGAUUUUUAGAAAAUGUUUGGUGGUUAAAUCUUUUAAUUUCUAUAAUUUUUUGAAAAUUUGAAUAAUUUUAUUUUCAAUCAUAGUAAUGUGUUUAUCAACAUAAAUUACCAUUAUUGAUUGAUAGAUCCUAUCUUAUACCUACAAUAAGAUAAUAUUAUUGCAUGAUAUUACCUCAUGGAAAAAAAAUCCUUGUCAUGUGCUCUGACUAAUAACUGAUUAAAUAUUGUAAUAGAAUAACCGCAAUAGGUGAUAUUCACAUUUCCAAAAACUUCAACGAAUCAUGAAAAAUAAAAGACCAUACUUUAACAAAAGUUUCAACCACCAACAUUUUUAGUAAUUAUAGUAAAAUUUUAAAUUUUUUAUUCUAAUCCCACUCCCCCUAAAAAAAAAUGUUUACACAUAAACUGUAACGCAAAGGCAUAUUGAUUAUUUAAAAAAAAUAUAUAUAUCAAAUAUUUUGAAUAAAAGUUAAUGUAAAGUGGCACUCUGUAUACUUUCUAUAGUGCUAUAUGCUUAUAUAUAUACUUGUACGAAGUGUCUGCGUUCUGCGUUCUACCUUUUUAGCCAAACCGAACGAAGUAUCCAUUCUCCGUGGUUUAAACAAUAGACAGUAUGAAGUGACUGUUUAACUUUGUAUUUUACUAAAACAAUAGGCGUAGAUCUCUCUGAGUAUAACAUCCAACUUGUGAUUCAAUGCACCCCUUUCUUACAAAUGUAUAGACAACUGUUUGUCUCGAUAGGUGACCACGUGCUGCUGUAUGUUGAACUGUGAUCAACCCAAUCGAGAGCAAUGUGUUGUGUAUAUUUAUAUACAUAUAUAGUGAUGGAGAAUAAUAAACACGUUUAGAUGUGUAGUAAAAAGGAAAGUAACAAUUUGUACAACAACCAGAUUUUAGGAUGAGUGGAAAACCAAAUACAACCAAAUAUUAGCCCACCUAUAGUAUCUGCAGCUGUUGUAUAGAUUUGGAAGAAUGUAGAUAUGUAGAAGUGAGUGAGCAAAAAGUGACUGUUUCUGCUGGGCGUAGCCUGUAAAAAGUGGCGCGUGUGGUGCUUUUAUGCCUUCCAUGGUACCCUACUCUAGUGACUCCCACUUGACCACCACAGUAGCUUAAAGUAGGGCGCCUCUGUGUGGGUGACACUGUUUUAUGGAUGUUAUGUUUGAUGGUACUAAUAAUUGUAUCUAUUAGGUUACCUUGAUCGUUUAUUUCACAAAUAUUAAUUCAAUGCAUUACAAUUUGAAGCUAAUAAAAAAAAAAAAAAAAAAAAAUGAUAUUUCAUGCUAUAUAUCUUAAUUAUCUUAAUUGGUCUUGCAUGUGUCCGGUUGUUACUAUACCAAAUUACUUAUGUAAAAUUGUUUAUAACCUAUAUUUUUUGAUGUACGAUAACUGUUUAAAUAUAUCAUUGAAAAAUAUAUUAUAAUCUAUCUGCGAUAAAGAAGAUUCAAAUGUCUCUAAAUGUUUGCCUUCUGUUGUUUGUACGUUAACUUCAAUUUUGUUUAAUUGAAUUGCGUUAAUAAAAUCUGUAUUUGUUUCGAUAUUAAACUAUUAAAAAUUCUACAGUUUCCUCCCUAUAAGCUAUUAAACAGUCAAAGCUUUGCGCUCUGAAGUUUUAAUUUUAUUUUUUCCGUUCUUUUUAAAUACCACAUCAAAUUAACUAACCAUCUUCUUUUUCUUCUCACUUUGUACCUUAGCCAAUUAAGACCAUACCGCCAACCACACACUUCGUCAUCUACUUCUAUCCUUUAUUAUUUUCUGUAUCGCCAGUGACUAUUUGGUCUCACUGCCUCUGCAUCCUUUUUCAGUACAUCCACCAUAACUACAGUCUCUCAAUAGAUCUCCUCUCUACUAGAUUUUCCUCUAUUGCUUUUCUUAUCAACGAAUCACAUUUCUUCCAGGCAUGUCCUGCCAACAAAGCUUCUUUUCUUUAUUUCCUUUAGUAUACAAGGUCGCUGAAAAAGGGAUUACAAUUCAUCGUUAUACAAUUUUCUCUAUUCGUUAGUAUUUGAGCAACAAAUUAUGGCCCAUACAUUUUCCUGAGGACUUUUCGCUCAAAUUCUAUCAACCUUUGUUCCUCGAAUUUUUCAGAGGCUAAAUUUCUGCUACAUAAAGGACAACAUUGGUUUUAAAUAAAGCUAAGUACAAUUUUUAAAUUACAUGCCCCUCAAUACAUUUUUCUUAUGCCUGAUUCUUAUUCUUCCGACUAACCCUCGUAUACUCACUCUGUGUGAAAAACAGGGAAAAAACAUAGGUAUACCGGGGAUAACGUAGGAAAAACGAGAAAAUAGGAACAAUAUUAAACAAAUAUUAUUAAAUAAAAUAUAUAAUACAUAUUUAAUUAUUUUACCAUAAUAUGACAUAUUAUAUAUUGUUCACAAAGCAACAUUAUAAACCAAACUCCGCUUAGAAUAGUUUUUUUCGUUAGGUUAAACAACCAUGGUUCAAUGAUGUCUGCGAAGAAACGUUGAAUCAGAGGGAGGAUGCUAGAAACCAAUGGUUUUCUGACCAAUAUAAUAGAGAAAAAAAAAUCAUCUACAAGAAGUGUCAGAAGAAAGCAACUAGAAUACUCAAGCAGGAAAAACAAAAAUAUAAUAAAAAGUUGAUGGAAGAAGGAAAAGCAGGUUGUAGAAUGAAUAUAGUGAGCUGGAUAUUCCGAAAAAUAAGAAACGUAACCGUCACUAUAAAUAAUUAACAAUAUUCUAUAAAGUCACCUUAAAUACUAAAUUAUAUUAAUUUCUAUGUUAUAUCGUCUUAAAAUCUCAUUCGGUUCUAUUUUAUUUGUUUGAUAUUCAUAUUUCUUUUACAUAUAGGCAUUUUUCUUUAUUUUUGAUGAAAUUCGCUUAUAUUAAUCUAAAUUUGUUUUUAUACCCUCGUUUACUUCACUUAAUACUUAAUUUUUAUUUCUACUUAAAUUUCCAUACUGUAUACCAUUCGUCUAUUUUAUAUAUAAUUUUAAUAAAUUUAGUUUUGAUUUUUAAAUGGCAACCUUUAGUAAAAAUUAAAUAAAUAUAUGAUCCGUUGACAAGAUAUUUUAAUUUUAAAUUUUGAUUGGAGAAGACAAACGAAGCAUCAUUUGGUUGGUACCGUGGGCGCGUGGUAUUAUAACAAUGAUCCACUAUUCUUUCCCAAACCAAACUUAAAAGUGAAAUAUCUCUUCAAUAGAUUGACGUAUAUCAUAAAAUGUGAACGGCAAAAUGUAUUUAUACUAAUACUCUAUACAUAUUUUUGUAAUUUUAACUAAAGGGUGCCAUUUGAAAACCAAAAUCUUUUUAGUCCCAACCCCAAAAAUAAGGGUGACAAAAAAUAAUGAAAAUGUAGCAUUUUAGAGCUACUUGUCUCAUAAAUUGUCAAAAUUUUGUUUUAAAAAUGUCAGUACUUUUGAAAUAGUGAGUGUUCAACGAUAAAAAAAUUAAUUUGCAAUUUAUAUUUUAAUAAAAGUAAUGUGAUAAAUAAUAUCGAAGUAUAAUAAUAACUAAUUCAUGAUAUGAUUUAUAGGCUAUGAAAAAAAAAAAUACAAAUACAGAAGAUUGUUUAGAAAGUAUGUAGAUACGUUUACUAAUAUUAUUUAUUACAAUAGUAAAAAUAAUUAAAUAUUAAUGGAGCGUUACCAUUAAUGGAGUGAUUAUUAAUAUAUUAUUAUAGGCUCUGAACAAAAAGACGAUGACAUAAUAUCUUCUAUUCAAUAUUCAAUACAUGAAAUUUCUGAAAUAUCAUCACAACCGACGUUUAAUCAAAACAUUGAGCCAUAUGAUCAUGUCAGUCCAGAUUUUUUAAAUGAAUCAAUGAGAACUAAACCGACUGGAAGUGAAUCAAAUUUCUAUAAUACAGUAAACAAAGGGGAAGUCGCAGGUAAUAAUACAAUAAAUUGUAAAAAAAAAAAUAGGUAAUUUCAUCAUAAUGUCCUGUUAUUAUUAAUUUAAAAAGCUGUAGACUGACUGUACCAUUAUAAAAAAAAAUCAAACAAUCAACAUUGUUACAUUGUCAUGUAACUGAAUUGAACAAAUGACAAAAUUAAAAAAAUAAUAAAAGCAUUGUAUACGUAAAUUUCACGUUUUUCUUACGUUUUAUCAGGGUUUUUCCUAGAUAACAUGAGAACCGCUUGGAAAAUCAAAAAAUGAUCGCCUUAAAAUCUCAUCUGGACAAUAUUUCUUUUCAGAAAUAGUACCGCUCGUAUAUAUCAGAACAAAAUUUCUGAUAGAAUUUUUGUAAAAAAAAUAAAAAAAAUUAAUAAGUAAAUAUCUUGGUAAAACCAACAAAAAUGACAAGAGGAUAGGUAAAAAUAUUGAAUGUAUCAGUAAAAAUAUGAAUAAUUUAGAAUUGAAUUACAAAAUUAUUUGGAUAAAACACAAUGAUUAAUAAUUAGUGAUAAAUCAUUAACACCUCCAAAUAAUUCUAUUUCACUUUCACCUUCUUAUUAUCUUAUUAAGUUCAAAAAACGUUUGAACAUGUAUAGAUUUAAAUCCCCAUCCCAUAGUUAUGGAUAUAACACUCGGACAAAUUAGAUCUAGAAAACCGUCUCAGUGAUAUUCUCCAAGUGAUAAUGAUUAAUUUUCUAUCAUUCAAAUAUAAUUAUAUACAAUUCGUAUUUAAGAAAUUCUAACAUAGUAAUUGAUGAAUAAUGUAUCAAAGUAUAUCGUAAAAAGUUGUUUAUUUCUUUUUCAAGGAGAGAGAUGUUUGCAUAGUCAGCAUCAUAUGUUGAUUAAACUUUGUAUUUAUAUUAUAAUAUAUGAUUUUAAUUAGGUAUCAUAUUACACGAUAACAGUUAGGCACUUAUAUUAUAAUCUAGUUGGUAGCUUUUUUAUAAGAAAUAACUACCAUAGAUAUUGAAUAUUAAUGUUAUUAAAAUUAAAAUUAAAUUUAAAAUAAAUGAAAUUUGAAUAUUAAAUUUUAUAUUUAUAAAUAUAGUAAAUAAAUUUAUAAAAAUAAAAUAAAUUAAUUAAUGAAUGCAUCGACUGGUAUAUUAGGAUGAGUGUAUUAUACGACCGGUUUCGAAUUAAAAAUUCAUCAUCAGGUAUAUCACAGUCAUAAUGUAAAACGUUACGCAUUCAUUAAUUUAUUUAUUUUAUUUUUAUGUACACAAUUUUUAUUUACGAGUAUUAACUUUUUUAAUAAUUUUGUUUAUACUUAAUAUAUUUUAUUAUUUAUGUUUAUAGUAGAUAUAUUAUUAUUUUCAAUGAUAGAACAUCGACAAGAACAUGAUAAUUUAAUAAAAGGAAGAAACGAUAUAGAAUCAGAAGUUAUUGAAAAACGAUCACCAAUCAUCGCUAAUGAAGAGAUUAAAUCAUGGGAUUCAAGCGUUUCAACUGAAUCAUGUUCAUUCAGUCUAUGUGAUUCGACUGAAUCGUGCAAAUCUAAUUCAUACGCUUCUGCUGAAUUAUGUAAAUCUAGUUUAUGCGCUUCUGCUGAAUUAGGUGAAUAUAAUUCAAGCGUUUCGACUGAAUCAUGUUCAUCCAGUCUAUGUGAUUCGACUGAAUCGUGCAAAUCUAAUUCAUACGCUUCUGCUGAAUCGUGCACAUCUAAUUCAUGCGCUUCUGCUGAAUUAGGUAAAUCUAAGACACCCGCCACAAUUGGAUCUAAAAAUUCGCCUCAGCGAUAUUCUCCAAGUGAUUAUGGUUUAUUUUUUAUCAUGGUUGUUAUUACUCGUAUAUAAGAAAUAUUAAAAUAACAAUAAAGUACAAAAGUGAAUCAUACAAUAUUAUACGUCAUACAAUGUUACAAUUCUUUUUCAGGUUUAUUAAAUGAAGAUAUUCUUGGAAUGUUGAAAGAAGUAAACAAUAGCGUUAUUCAAAUAAAAGAAUUUCUAAUGAACAAUACAAACAAUAGUUCACUGCGUAAUAAUUGUGAUUCUGAUAAAUCGAAUCAAAUUAAUGNUUCAUACAAUGUUACAUAUCUUUUUCAGAUUUAUUAAAUGACAAUUUUCUCAGGAUUAUGAAUAAAAUGAACAAUGAUUUUAUAGAACUAGUUGAGUUUCUCAUGAACAAUACAAACAAUAGUUCACUGCGUAAUAAUUGUGAUUCUGAUAAAUCGAAUCAAAUUAAUGGUAUGUCUAAUAGUGAAGAUAAUAUUAACAUCAUUUUUUGGUUACACUGUGUUUGUAUUAUAAUAUAUUAUUUUCAAUAGAUACAAUAUUACACGAUAACAGUUAGGUUAUAAUUAUAUAAUAAACAUUAUAAUCUAGGAAGAAACUCUUUUAUAAUGAAUAUAUUCUUUAUUAAAAUUUUAAUUGAAAUAAACCAAAUUUGUUUAUUUAUAUUAAUAUAGAUAAAAAAUAAAUAUAUUAAUAUAAAUAUUGUUUUCAAUAAUAGUACAUCAAAAUAGACCUAUUGAUUUAACAAAACGAAGAAAUGAUAUAGAAUCUGAAGUUAUUCAAACACGAUCACCAAUGACCAAUGAUAAAAACAUUAGAUUAUGCGAUUCAUGCGUUUCGACUGGAUCAUGUAAACCGAAGACUCCCAAGCCAAUUGGGUCUAGAAAACCACCGCAGCGAUGUCCUCCAAGUGGUUAUGAUUAAUUUUUUAUCAUUAAAAUAUAAUUACAUAAUACUCGNCAAAUUAAUGGUAUGUAAAAUAGUGAAGAUAAUAUUAACAUCAUUUUUUGGUUACACUGUGUUUGUAUUAUAAUAUAUUAUUUUCAAUAGAUAUCAUAUUACACGAUAACAAUUAAGUACUAACAUUAUAAUCUAAGAAGAAACCCUUUUAUAAUGAAUAUAUUCUUUAUUAAAAUUUUAAUAGAAAUAAAUCAAAUUUGUUUAUUCAUAAUUAUAUAGAUAAAAAAUAAAUAUAUUAAUAUAAAUUAUUUUCAAUAAUAGUACAUCAACAUAAACCUAUUGAUUUAACAAAACGAAGAAAUGAUAUAGAAUCUGAAGUUAUUCAAACACGAUCACCAAUGACCGAUAAUAAAAACAUUAGAUUAUGCGAUUCAUGCGUUUCGGCUGGAUCAUGUAAACCGAAGACUCCCAAGCCAAUUGGGUCUAGAAAACCACCGCAGCGAUGUCCUCCAAGUGAGUAUGAUGAAUUUUUUAUCAUUAAAAUAUAAUUACAUAAUACUCGUAUAUAAGCAANCUAAAAAUUCGCCUCAGCGAUAUUCUCCAAGUGAUUAUGGUUUAUUUUUUAUCAUGGUUGUUAUUACUCGUAUAUAAGAAAUAUUAAAAUAACAAUAAAGUACAAAAGUGAAUCAUACAAUAUUAUACGUCAUACAAUGUUACAAUUCUUUUUCAGGUUUAUUAAAUGAAGAUAUUCUUGGAAUGUUGAAAGAAGUAAACAAUAGCGUUAUUCAAAUAAAAGAAUUUCUAAUGAACAAUACAAACAAUAGUUCACUGCGUAAUAAUUGUGAUUCUGAUAAAUCGAAUCAAAUUAAUGGUAUGUAAAAUAGUGAAGAUAAUAUUAACAUCAUUUUUUGGUUACACUGUGUUUGUAUUAUAAUAUAUUAUUUUCAAUAGAUACAAUAUUACACGAUAACAGUUAGGUUAUAAUUAUAUAAUAAACAUUAUAAUCUAGGAAGAAACUCUUUUAUAAUGAAUAUAUUCUUUAUUCAAAUUUUAAUUGAAAUAAACCAAAUUUGUUUAUUUAUAUUAAUAUAGAUAAAAAAUAAAUAUAUUAAUAUAAAUAUUGUUUUCAAUAAUAGUACAUCAAAAUAGACCUAUUGAUUUAACAAAACGAAGAAAUGAUAUAGAAUCUGAAGUUAUUCAAACACGAUCACCAAUGACCAAUGAUAAAAACAUUAGAUUAUGCGAUUCAUGCGUUUCGGCUGGAUCAUGUAAACCGAAGACUCCCAAGCCAAUUGGGUCUAGAAAACCACCGCAGCGAUGUCCUCCAAGUGAGUAUGAUGAAUUUUUUAUCAUUAAAAUAUAAUUACAUAAUACUCGUAUAUAAGCAAUACUAACAUAACAAUUAAAUAUCAAAGUAUAUUAUACAAAGUUGUAUAUCAUUCAAUAUUACAUUUAUUUUUCAGGUUUAUUAAAUGACAAUGUUCUUGAGAUUCUGGACAAAUUGGACAUUGGGUUUAUGGAACUGACGGAGUUUUUCAAAAACACCACAAAAAAUAGUUCAUUGCGUAAUAUCAAAGUAUACUAUAUAAAGUAGUAUAUAAUACAAUGUUAUAUGUCUUUUUCAGAUUUAUUAAAUGACAAUGUUCUCGGGAUAAUGAAUAAAAUGAACAACGAGUUUAUAGAACUAGUUGAGUUUCUAAUGAAUAAUACAAACAAUAGUUCGUUGAGUAAUAAUUGUGAUUCCUAUAAAAUGAAUCAAUUUAAUGGUAUGUCCACUAGUGAAGAUAUUACUGAUAAAUAA